AUAUCAUUAUGGGGUACAAAACUCUGUGCUUUGGACUGACUUGUAUCCUCUUUAUUUAUUAUAUUUAUACACCAAUACCAGAAAACAUUGAAGAACCCUGGAAAGUAAGGACCAUUGAUGCUGCUAUAAAAAUAACUUCAUUUAUGGCUACAUUAUUGGAAAAAAUAGGUCUUAAAAGAUUUGAUGAAUUGUUUUCCACAAUGAUGGAACUGGACUACACACAACCAAUUUCAGAUGAAAACGUUACAGUGAUGGAUACAACCUUUAAUGAUAUUCCAGUACGUUUGUACUUGCCUAAGAGGAAGUCAGCAAGCCAGAGACCAGCUGUAAUUUUUGUUCAUGGUGGUGCCUUUGUUUUGGGAAGUUGUAAAUUAGCAGCUUUGGACCUCCUGAAUAGACAGACGGCAAAGAAUCUUGGUGCUGUCGUUGUGGGAGUGGAUUACAGAUUAGGUCAUCAAUAUCAAUUUCCUGUUGCCCAUGAAGAUGUCAUUUCUGUGGUCAAAUUCUUUCUACAAGAUAAAAUUCUUGCAAAAUAUGGAGUGGACCCCACUCGAGUCUGUAUUUCAGGGGAGAGUGCUGGGGGUUUAAUUGCGGCAACAGUGGCUCAACUGAUACAGAAUGAUCCAGAAUUCAAAAAUAAACUGAAAGCACAAGCUUUAAUUUACCCCAGCUUACAGGUCAUUGAUAUCACCAUUCCUUCUCACAGAGAAAAUGAACAUGGUCUAUUUCUGCCAAAGAAACUGGGAAUAGAACUUGCAUGCCUGUAUUUGACUCAGGAUAAAGCACUCCCCCAGGCAAUGAUGAAAAAUCAACACAUGCCUCAUGGUUCAAGGCAUCUGUUCAAGCUGGUUAACUGGAGCACCUUUCUUCCUGAGAAGUAUAAGAAGAACCAUAUAUAUACAGAACCGAUUCUUGGAAGACUUAAUCCUUCAUAUUCAGCACUUUUGGAUAGCAGAUUAUCACCCUUGGCCGUCAAUGAUUCCCAGUUGCAAAAUUUGCCCUUAACUUACAUCCUCACCUGUCAAUAUGAUCUUAUAAGAGAUGAUGGGCUUAUGUAUGUCUCACGACUUCAAAAUGUUGGUGUUAAAGUUUCUCAUGACCAUAUGGAGGAUGGACUCCAUGGAGCUUUAUCACUCAUGGCUUCACCAUUUAAUUUACAGCUAGGCAUUAGAAUAAAAGAUAAGUAUAUUAAUUGGCUAGAAGAAAAUCUAUAAAUAAUACAUAUAGCUUGCUAAUCAGUUAUAGUCUAAAGGAUAUAUUUUGAGAUUUGUGAGUUUAAGGGACAAUAUCAUGAUUUUAGCUUUGGAUAAAUUUAGGUUUAAAUCAAAGCAAAAUAACUAUGUAUCUUGGAAAAAAUUAGUUUACCUAAUCUUAAAUCCUGCUACAGUGAAGACUUCUACUAUAUUUAUCCUAAUAUAUAUCAUUUAUUCUCCCUGAUGCAUGGCAAAUAUUCACCAAUCAUAGUAAAGUAUAAAAACAAAGUAUGAUUAUAGGCAAAUAAACACAAUAGUUUCAAGACAGUGACAGGAAUGAUAGUGGUAAGUGAGGACAAGUUUUAAGAGAAACAAAAACUUGCAGUUUUCUUUAGAUAGUUUUCUUUAGAUAGGGUUGCUAUCUUCAAGUAGCUUUGUCAAUUAAUCAUUCAUACAUUAAUUUUAUGCACUCUGUAAAUUGUUAGUUUUCUUUCAUUCAUUUAAUACACAAGUCUGCUUUCAGGCAUGUUAUUGUUGUUCAGGUGCUAAC